UGUGUGUGAGAGUGUUUGCUGAGACGUGUAUUAUGGUUCCUCUUUUUCAUCUCUAUAAACAGGCAGAGUCUGGAUGGCUUCACACGUCUUCAUUAGUCAGGCGGCGAAGAAGUUCCUCUCUAGCCAGUUACAACACUGUACCCGCAUCAGAAUGCUGUUUUUCAGACCAGGAUGAUAACUUUUUUGGGAUUUGUGGUGCUGAUGGCUGCAUUUUCUCAUGGUGUGGACUCCAUCUGUGAUGUUACUCAGGAUGCUGUAUGUAACGGCACCCUAGGACUACCUGUGUACCUACAGCUGAUUAGGGACGCCACAGGACACGAACUGAAGUUAUUCAGUGGAGAUAAGAAUGUUUUUACAUCCAAAUCCUCCAAGACAGUGUUCUUUAACGAGUUCAACAACCCAUCAUACCUCCAGAGGUGGCAGUUUGUUCGUGAUAACGGGACCUUGAUUAUUAACCCUGCAGAGAAGAGAGACGCAGGAACAUACAGAGUGGAGAUCUAUGAGGAGUCAACAGGGAGGAGUGUGGGAGAUCACACAGUUCAGCUGAUCCUUCAAGGUACCUCCACUGUGUCUGUCAAACCAACUAACCAGACUAACACGACUCUUCCCUCUACCCACCCAGGUCCCUCAGUGACGGUAAUAGUUAUUUGUGUGUUAUUAUCCCUGACUGUGUGUCUGUGUGUCGCUGUGGGGACGUUCUACAUCAGAAUGAAAAAGAGGAAUACACACACUCCAGUGAGUGAAAAGAAAGAGCCUGACGAUUUGGUGUACGCCCAGGUGACCACUGGUAGCAACGGCAGAAGACAAAUAUCAGACAUUCAAGGUACAAGAGUGGAAACAGAGGAUGUGGUGUAUUCUGGCGUUGCCAUGGCAAAUAGGAGCAGCAGGCAUAACAGCAGGAAGCCACCAGCAGCUGAGGCGUAUGAGUUGGAGUAUGCUGAGGUGUCUGCCUUCAGUAAGCGACGGGGCCCAACUGAGAGUCACAGGCCAGAGGAGUCGGUUGAGUACGGGGAAGUGAGAGUCCACACACCACACUGACCCACAGCAGGCAGACAGUGUGUAUGCUCAAAUGCACCUCGGACAGUGACCUGUGUGUGUGUGUGUGUGUGUGUGUGUGUGUGUGUGUCUGUGUCUGUGUCUGUGUCUGUGCACCUGUGGAGGCAUGUAGCAGAGUGUGUGUCUGUUCCUCACAGCAGGUUAAUGUGGAGGUUAAUGACCACAGCAGACACAACUAACCAAGGGUACUAUAAUGGUGGAAUUAUGUGGUUAAUUAAGGUUACUAUCAUGAUGAAAUUAUGUAGUUAACCAGGGUUACCAUUGUUAGGAAAAAAUACACUGCGUGUUGUUUCGGAGAGGAACCACCAUAUGAAGCAAUUUGUUGUAACAAGGUUGAGUUUUACUGGUAGGUAACGACACAAUACAACUUGCCCAACAGACAGUCAAGUACAGUCAAGCAAGCCGGAGAAUGUGAAUUCUAGAGUCUAAACAGAGGAUGCUCCCACUUUUAAGGCCUAAUUCUGUGAUGUCGCUUCUGGCCCCCUGCACCUCCCACAUACACUGUCUUCCACUCGGCACUUUGUUAUAACACAUGAUUAACUUCUGCUUUUAAUCUGCUGACAUGUAUGUCUGGACAUUUUUGUCUGUGCCCCAGCCUUGACCACCUAAGAUUUAUAUGCUUCUCUCCUCUUCCGGGCCUUUGUUUUAACUUGCUUUCUCCUGUCUGACUCUUUACAUUUCCCCUGCAGAUGUUACUUGCUGUUUUUCUGACUUGUUGGCAGACUGCCCUUUUAUUGUGAUUAUACUUCAUUGAUACAUUUGGUUAAAUGUGAUAUGAUUAGAUAAAUUUGAUAAUUCAAAUGUAUCUUACAUUUCCCUCCUUUGACCUCAUUUAUGAGGUCAACAAUUUCUCCAAGCAUAAGCCACUAAGAAGCCAGGUUACAUGUUCAGGAUGGGUUUUCGUUUUACUUUACACAAUUCUAUCAAUCACCCUCCUUUAGCAUUCUAGCACAGCAUAAGCAAUAUUACACCUCCAGGCUCUACUCUGUCACCGGGAUGCCUGCCCCCCUCUCAGGUCAUCCGCCCCCCAUGGCUUGGUGAGACUGCCAGUGCUUUUCUCUUAGAGGUCACCCUCAGAGCGAAACCUUUCAGUGCCUAAACAGUGUCUAAACUAAUAAAAGUAAGCUAUAAUAGUAAGUACUUCAAACGGUUAGUCUUAUACUAAAAUUAACUAUUAGGUUACAUUUUUUAUACUAUAAUCAACUUUUUGUAAAACUAAAAAAUACAAAAUGCAAUAGUACACCAUUUUAUACUAAAAUCCUGGCACAAUAGCAUUAUGAGCAUGCACAUUUCAGCAAAAAAUCAUCAUUCAUUUUUUUUUUUUUCUUCUUCACCCCCCUACUCUCACAACUGACUUUCCUGCUGUCUACUCUCUCUUUCUGCCUCUUGGGGUUCUCUCCAGUAUUCAUCUUCCAAGUAGUCGAACCAAUCUGCUUGAGCGUCCAAACACUGGUCGCAAAUCAC